AUGAUAGGUGUGCCUCCUCAGUACUCCGGUUUCCCUCAGUUUGGUGGCCCAGGCGGUUAUCCAUACAACAGACCACCCAGCUAUCCAGCAUUACCUCAUGGAAUGGCCCAUAUGCGCCCUGGAGAACAUGGUCCUAAUGGUCUUCCCCCUCGUCCACCUAUGCCGCCACAUCCUUCCAUGUUCAUGAGACCACCACCGGGCGCACCUCCAGGACAAUUUCCGCCAGGACCUCCACCACCACCUGGUUUCCCUGCCGGUGGCGUCCCUUUCCCUCCUCCAGGUGCUCCCUUCCCUCCUCCACCAGGACCACCGGGACAAUUCCCUCCUGGUCAGUUCCCCCCACCGGGACAAUUUCCGCCAGGGCAGUUCCCUCCACCAGGAUCAGCAGCGCCGCCUGGCACGAAUGGAGCAUUACCUCCUCCCGGACAGUUUAGACCACCUUUUGCAAGUAUACCCGAUCCUACGCAUGCCAGCGGCAAUUCCUCCGCCCCCGGAUCAGCAGCGCCAGCAUCAGCGCCAGGCAUAUCAGGAGCAGGGCCAGUAAUGCAUAGUGAUCGUAAGAGGCGGUUGGAGGAAGGCAGGGAUUGA